ACAUGAAAUACUAUUGGAUGUCUGAAAGAAUGACGUUUUCAUUGAAAUCAAUUUCCAAGGAUUACUAGCUUUCGUGGUGCGAAAUAGUCUAUAUAUGGUGAAAUUAUCAAAUCAGGAUGGUUCAGGAUACUAACUCUGUCUGUCCACGCAUUUAUUAUGCAUGUAGGUUAUGCAAAAUUCGAGGUAAUCAAUUGAAUAGAAUCAAUCAACAAAUAUCAUCAAAAAUAUAUGAAUGUACUACCCUAAAGAUCAUCUCAACACCUCAGUGCAAAGCGUUCAUUUGUGAUAGCUGCAAGACCAAAAUUGACGAACACUAUCAAUUCAAAAUGCAGUGUAUAAGAAAUGUUAACUUACACCGUUUAAACACUUCAGGAAUCAAUGGGGAUUCUGGAAGCAGCAGCAACAGUACCGACGAUUCAAGUGGGCCGAUCAAUGUCGCUUCGAGUGAAAUUGUAGAAUGUGUGCCCGGGAGUAGCAAGGGUGAUUGAAGUCAGAAGCAUGUUACAAACUAAUGGGAUUUUUGAAACAAAUUAGAACAAAUUCUUUACUAGUUGGCCAAAAUUAUUGGUAUAAGAAUUCCUUUCACAAAAUUGUGUUAGUUAUACCAUUUUGAAGAAAAAAAAUCCCAUUAGAGAUUUUGCUAUUGUGAUAUGUUGUUUAUGCUCAUUCAGUGGAAUGCAAAGAAGGUUCUCAAAUUGUCUAGUCCUAAUGAACUUUCAGUCGACUAUCGUAGCUGACAUA